GGAGCCCAGCUCUCCCUGCAGUCUUCCUUUCCUGCUGGAGCCUCUUCGCGAGCUGUUCCUGAAUGUUUGUUUUCACCAGAUCUAGGGUGGAUCGGGGAGAAGGUUGCGUCUACCAUUAAGCCAGAAGAGUUGGUCUCAGUAAGUUUCUAGUCUGGAAGAUGCUGGGAGGCUUCCUUCUGGAGGUGAAGGCUUUGAGAAAACAUUGGCAGGCAGCUCUUCAAGGAGUAAGACAAGCUGAAGGUCCUGAAAAACAUAUUAUUUUGUGUCCAGUUCAUGUUAUGGAGCAAGACUGAUUCACUGCUUUCAAAAUAGGGGCAUAGUGUCUAGACUCAGAUGGAGUCAGGGAGUGAUCCUGCUCUUCUUCAUACUGCUGAGGGAGCACAAUCUUGUUGGGAUUCUUUUUUUGGCAGUUUCAGAAGUUACAUCACGCUUUCUUACCUCAUGGAGUGCCUGUCAGAGAAUGCUUUUCACAUGAAUAUGUUAGUGCCCAUAUUUUAAUGGCAGAACAGCUGCAAUCCUGCCUGCCCCAUCUUGGAUCCUCUGUUUUGUUGGAAAACCUUGCACAUUUUAAUGGUCCCCAGAGCUGCAGGUGAGUUAAGGAAGUGAUACUGCUGUUUUCAGGGGCAGGAACUGAGCCCUGGGCAGUGGGAAGGCUGUAUCCUCAGCCCCAGUAUCUGCAGCAAAGCCAGGGUUUGGGUCUGCAGCACAUGGGCUGUAAUCCUUGCAAUCCUUAGUCCACUCUUACAUCUUUGGUCAGAAGAAAUGCAAGAAAUCUCGCUGUACCAUCAUGUGCGCCUGGAGAAACUACUCCAUGGCAGCAAUUACAUCUGCAGUACUUUUUUCCUCCUUUGCCCAGUGCAGUUGUGAAGUUUUCAUAUUCAGAGUAUAGCAAGGAUUCCUAGGACCCUGAGCUCAGCUGGCAGCCGAUCUGCAGGGUGCAGCGCAGCCCCAGGUGCCUGCAAGGGGCUGCUACUGCUAUGCCUGUUGCUGCUGCUGUCAGAGCAUGUAGCAGCCUGUCGCAGCCACCCCACCUUGAACAGGGCAAUGAUCCUUUCUUCAGUGUUUGUCUUUAGUGUUUCCAAGCUAAUUGAUGGCUCUUCCAUCUUUUUCCCUGCUCCACAUAGUCAUGUUUUUAAUACUGUUACUCCUUCUGCCUCAGUAGGUUCCUGCUACCCUGAACUGCAGCUCUUUGUGCUCCUGAUUCACUCCAGUCCAUUCAUCUCUUUUUGGUGGCGAAGUGCUGUCAGCUGCUGGAUAUUGGGCUCUUUGUUUGUACAGCCAGCACAACGCUGGCUACAAAGGGACAGCCUGUGCCCCAAGGAGCCCACACGCUACGGGAAAGGCAGUGGAAAGCAAUCGGAGUGGCGGGCAGGACGGCAGAGGAGGUGAGUUGGACUGGAUAAACAGAGUGGUCCUGUCAGCAGAAAGCCUUUCCCUGGCUGGCUCCCCCACUGGCACUCUCACUGGAAGUUGGCUGCACCUCAUCAUCGGGAAUGUUUUUCUCCUCCCUGUGUUAGCUUCCCUUCUUCCUGACUCUCCCGGGCUCAGCCUGAGGUACUGAUCCGCCUUCAGACCCCACACAAUGGAGGCUGGCUCCGUGGUACGAGCAGUCUUUGAUUUCUGUCCCAGCGUCUCUGAAGAGCUGCCCCUCUUUGUGGGAGAUGUCAUUGAGGUGCUGGCCGUGGUGGAUGAGUUCUGGCUCCUCGGCAAGAAGGAAGGUGUCACAGGACAGUUUCCUAGCAGCUUUGUGGAACCUGUGGAUAUUCCCCCUUUGAAGGAGGGGGAAAAACUGUUUGUUUGUACCAGUGACUUCACAUCUCAAGAGCCAGGGAGCUUGUCAUUGCAGAGAGGAGACCUGGUGAUUCUGGGAGGGUCCUUGGCCUCCAGCUGGCUCCAGGGCCGAAGCAGCUGGGGUUCCAAGGGCUUUUUCCCCUCAUCAUGUGUACGGGAGCUGUGCCUUUCAGUUCAGAGCCGUCAGCUGUCCCAGAGCACUCUUCUGGAGGUACCUGCCUACUCACUGGGCCAAGCCCGGGCUCUGAUGGACCUGUCUGCUCAGCUGGAGGAGGAACUGGACUUCAGGGAAGGGGAUGUGAUCAACAUUGUUGGUGUUCCAGAGCCUGGCUGGUUCGAGGGCGAGCUCAGAGGGCGCAGGGGCAUCUUCCCAGAAGGUUUUGUGGAACUGCUUACUCCUCUGCGAGCAUCAGGAACCUCAGCAGAUCCAGAGCCCACAGAGGCUUGUGACACCAAUGGGACAGUGGAGAUGCCCCGCAAAGAGGAGGAGGAGGAGCCAGGGAGCACUUAUGGCGUUGCCCUCUAUCAGUUCCAAGCCCUGGAGUCCAAGGAACUGGAUUUUGAUGUGGGUGACAGAAUUCGGAUCGUAGGCAUUCUGGAGGAUGGGUGGCUGGAGGGGGAGCUGAGAGGGAAACAUGGCAUCUUUCCACACAGAUUUGUGCGGCUGGAAGCCUCUGAGGCUUGCAUGGAAAAAGCAGGUGCUGGGGAUCCCCAGGGUGGAGGCAGCUGUGGAGUGACCAUCCAUCAAGGCCCAGAAAGCACCUGCUCCAAAGCUCUUCCUUUGCUGGGGAAGGAUGGCAGGGAGAAGGAGGAUGGCUCAGCUGCAUACCCUGAGCCUGACAACAUACUGUCUCACAAGGCGGGGAGGUCGGAGGAUCCCCUUGGCAUUGACUUGAGACAGCAUCAGGCCUUGCCUAGCACAGGACACCAAGGGCCAUGUCCCAAAGGCACAGUGGACUCCCUCCCCUUUGACAGCAUGAAGGCAGUCAAUGGCCUUCUCCCCUCUGCUCAGCUGCCUCCCCAACAGGGCAACAGGCCUGGCCAGGUGGGUGGGUUGGAGCAUGAGGAAACUGUUUCAGCCCCCUCAGGAAACUCAGAAACUCACGCCCUGCCUGAGCAUGAUGGAGGUAGUCCCACUGUGACCCCGCAGGCUCCUCGCUCCCCGCAAGAUUCCUGUGGGAGCCAGGUGAUUUCUUCUAACAGCUGGGUGGUGUCGGAGCCCAAGGAGAGCCAGAGCAGUGCCCGGGAUCUGGACAAUUGGGUGGACGGUCAACAGGAGAAGUCCAAACCUGGUUCCUCCAGCUUGGGAGGUGCUCAGGUGGGCCUGGACACAUGGGCUGGGAGCUGGGGGGAAUGCUGCCUGCUCACAGUGCAGGGGGACAGCUGCACAGACCUCGACUCCAAACUGACAGAGCAGCUGGCGCAGUUUGAGAAGAGUCUGUCGAGUACUGGUGCUGAGCAGGACAAAGUCUCCCGCCAUUUCUCUAUCCUGGACUACAGCUCUGAGAAGGACAUUGUCCGUGGGUCUCCUGAGUCUGCACCCCACGCCAGGCAGCCGGAGAGGAGGAAGGCCCUGAGGCCACCUCCUCCUCGGCCCAGCAGCCUCGCAACAACUCCUGUGCACGUGCUGGAUGGCCAGGUGCCCAAAGGCAGGUCUCUGUCCUUCUCAGUCAAGCCCUCCCGGCCUGCACCCCGGCCUCCGUCAAGCAACCAGCGGAAAAACAUGGCCCCUGCACAGCUUCAGCCCAGCACCCAGGAGCAGAGAGUGGAGGAGGGAUGCGAGGACUUGACACAGGCAGGAUCAGCUUCCCCCUGCUCCAUUCUGCUGAUGAGGAUCGGAGAGGUGGAGCGAGACCUGGAGGCUUAUGGCAAGACCCGCACUGAGCUAAGCCUGAUGCUGGAGGAGCAGCAGGAUGAGCUGGUGAGGGCAGAGACCCUGGAGAACCUUGAGUUCUGUGACUCCAACAUCGAGAGCCUCAGCGUGGAGCUGCAGGAGCUGAGAGAGAUGACUCUCCUGUCCUCCCAGACACCAUCACUGGAAUCCUCAGCUGCCACUGAGAGCCCAGAGCAAAGGAUGCUGGAGAAGAGAUCCAAGGUUAUUGAGGAGCUGCUCCAGACAGAGCGGGACUAUAUCAGAGACCUGGAGAUGUGUGUGGAGAGGAUCAUGAUGCCCCUGCAGCAGGCACAGGACGUCUCUCUUCCCGUUCCCCAGAUGCAGAACAUAGACUUAGAGGGUCUUUUUGGAAACAUCCACAUGGUAAUUAGCUUCUCCAAGCAGCUGCUGUCCACCUUGGAGGCUUCAGAUGCCGUCGGGCCAGUGUUCCUGGCACAGCGUGCAGAGUUGGAGAGCGUCUACAGGGUGUAUUGCCAGAACCAUGAUGAGGCCAUCGCACUGCUGGAAACCUAUGAGAAGGAUGAGAAGAUGCAGAAACUACUCCUGGACCUGCUGGAUAGUCUCAGGAGCCUGUACAGUGAGUGGGGCUGCACAAACUACAUUAACUUAGGCUCCUUCCUCAUCAAGCCAGUGCAAAGGGUGAUGAGGUACCCACUGCUGCUGAUGGAGCUGCUGAAUGCCACCCCUGAGGCUCACCCUGACAAGGCACCACUCACAGCUGCUGUCCUCGCAGUCAAAGAAAUCAACGUCAACAUCAAUGAGUACAAGCGCCGGAAGGACCUGGUACUAAAGUACCGCAAAGGGGAUGAAGAUAGCCUUAUGGAGAAGAUCUCCAAGCUCAACUUCCACUCUAUCAUCAAGAAGUCCAACCGUGUGAGCAGCCACCUCAAGCAUCUCACAGGCUUUGCACCCCAGCUGAAGGAUGAAGCCUUUGAAGAGACAGAGAAAAAUUUCCGAAUGCAGGAGCGGCUGAUCAAGUCCUUCAUCCGGGACCUUUCCCUCUACCUGCAGCACGUCCGGGAGUCAGCUUGCAUGAAGGCCCUGGCAGCAGUGAGCAUGUGGGACCUGUGCACAGAGAAGGGCAGUGGGGACUUGGACCAGUUCCAGAAAGUGAAUCGGCUCAUCAGCGACCAGCUCUUCUCCGACUUUAAAGAGCGGACAGAGCGGCUGGUGAGCUCACCCCUGAACCAGCUGCUGAGCAUGUUUGCGGGGCCCCACAAGCUGGUGCAGAAACGCUUUGACAAGCUCCUUGACUUCCACAACUGCACGGAGCGAGCGGAGAAGCUGAAGGACAAGCGAACGCUGGAGGAGCUGCAGUCAGCCCGCAACAACUAUGAGGCCCUCAACGCCCAGCUGCUGGACGAGCUGCCCAAGUUCCUGCGCUUUGCCAAGGAGCUGUUUGCCAGCUGCGUGCGGGGCUAUGCUGAGGCACACUGUGACUUUGUGCGCCUGGCCUUGGAGGAGCUGAGACCCCUGUUGUCGUUACUGAAGGUGUCCAGCAGGGAGGGGAACCUCAUUGCUAUCUUCCAGGAUGAGCACAGUCGAGUCCUCCAGCAGCUUCAGUCCUUCACCUUCUUCCCAGAGUCCCAGGCGGCUCCCAAGAAGCCUUUUGAAAGGAAGAGUGUGGAGCGGCAGUCUGCCCGGCGGCAGCCCCUUGUUGGUUUGCCUAGCUACCUCCUGCAGUCAGAUGACAUCCGAGCUGCCCUCCUGGCCCGCUAUCCCCCAGACAGUCUCUUCCAGGCAGACCGCAAUUUCAAUGCUGCCCAAGACUUGGAUGUCUCACUGCUGGAGGGAGACAUUGUGGGUGUCAUCAAGAAGAAGGACCCCAUGGGCAGCCAGAAUCGCUGGCUCAUAGACAACGGGGUGACCAAGGGCUUUGUGUACAGCUCCUUUCUGAAGCCUUACAACCCACGCCGCAGCCAGUCAGAUGUCUCUGUUGGCAGCCAUUCUUCGAACGAGUCAGAGCACAGCAGCUCCUCUCCCCAGAGCAACACCACACUGACCUUCAGCCCCAGUGGGGCGGCCGUCACCUUCACUCAGAAACCCCUGCAGGACUCAGCCUCCCUGGCAGACCUUUACCAGUCCCCACAGCCUGCCACGGAGGUGGACUCCCCCUCUCUGCCCCAGCUUGGCUCUGGUGACAGGACAGCCCCACUAGAAGCUGGUACAGUGACAUCUCAGCGCUGCUACAGCCGCCCUGAACUGAGCUGCAGCCCCAGCUCUCGCAACGGGCACCUCACCAAAGCACAUCUCAGGCCCGCAGCCUUGGUGGAAGACAGAGACUCUGGGCUGGAGAGCAGUGAGUCAGAAGGCAACCAGGUCUAUUAUGCUCUCUACACCUUCAAAGGCCGAAACACCAACGAGCUGAGUGUGUCAGCUAACCAAAGACUCAGGAUCCUGCAGUUUGAGGACAUCACAGGCAAUCAGGAGUGGUGGCUGGCCGAGGCGCAUGGGAAACAGGGCUAUGUGCCCUCCAGUUACAUCCGGAAGACAGAGUACACGUGAGGCAGCGGGCAGGAGCCUGCACCCCAUACCUUGUUCCUGCCAGGACUGCCAGGGGCCUCAGGGAGGCUGGCCAGCCCUGCAGCCUCUACUGCUUGCCUUGAGGCUGUGUCCCUCGCAGCCUUGCAGUGAUCCUGGGCCCCAGCAUGCUGGCUGCCACUUGCUCUUCUGGGAAGGAAGAAGGGUGGGCUGGCAGGGCAGGCAGGAGCAUGCAGCUUCUGUGAGGGCAGGGGUGAGUUCACCUAUGCUGUUUGAGUCUCCUGUGUCUGUCCAGGAGCAGGGGAGCAAAGCCUGGGGCCAUGACCCAGGAGGGUAAGGCUCCACCAGGGCUGAGGAGCUGCUGUAGGUUUAAAUUGUGGAAGAUUAAUGCUGAGUUUCUGGAGCCCGUCUUCAGCCCAGUAGUGUUAAAAGCAACCAGGGCCCUUUGAAUGUGGUCCCUGUGUCUUCUUGGCAGCAGCAGCAGAAGCCUGGUCUCGCCUGUCCGUGCAGGACCUCGGCAUGGGACAUCCGCACGCUGCCUGGAGAAUCAGCUCUGAGGUUCUGUGGGAGUAAUUGAGCUGCAGGGCUGGGAUGGGCCCAGCCUCUGAAACCCCCUACAGCAGGUGCUUCAUCCCUGUGCUUUGUCUCCCAGGGGCUUGGGCCUCUCUCAGCUCUGCUGCUAGCAGCAGCCAUUGCAUUCUCACCCUCCAGGUGGGCCAGAGGUCCAGAACACCAUCUUCCCUUGACAGCACAGUAUCUCCAGUGCCCAAGGCCUACUUGUCUUCACACUGGUAUCCCUGGGCUGGAGCAGGGCAGAAGGCAAAGCACAGGCUUUGUGUUUCAGAAAAAUCACAGCCUGAUUUUCUGGGGGCUCUGACCAGGGUUGUCUAGCCUGUGCCUUCCUGCAGGGCACCGGAGACACUGCUGACAUGCUGGGAGGGAAUGCGGUGCCCUUUGCUGGCGUGGUGUGUCUUACCCGCUGCUGCCGUGCCCUGAAGGAGGGAAGCGGGAAGCUCCCUUCUCUUGGGGUAGUGUUUGUAUCCCCUGUACUGCUGCUCUGUAAAUAAAGAUUUGCCCUUGUGUA